CAUUAUCCCAUCCAUGCCGUUAUCCCAUCCAUCCCGUUAUCCCAUCCCGUUAUCCCAUUAUCCCGUUAUCCCAUCCCGUUAUCCCAUCCAUGCUGUUAACCCAUCCAUGCCAUUAUCCCAUUCCAAUCCCGUUAUGCCAUCCCAUUAUCCCAUCAAUCCCAUUAUCCCAUCCCAUUAUCCCGUUAUCCCAUUCCCCAAUCCCUCAAAAUACAACCUCCUCCCCCCACAAAAAAAAAAAACCAAAACAAAACCAAACAAACAAAAAAAAAAACCUCCCAAUUUUCCCGCUCAGGGUCUCCGGCGAGGAAUGCAACGGCAUCAACGCCAUGGCGGCCGAGAGCGGCCCCGGCACGCGCCUGCGCAACCUGCCGGUGCUGCCGGACGCCCUGGACUCCACCCAGCCGUCGGCGGCGCCGGCGCCGGGCCAGGCCCAGCCCGGGGUCGGCAUCGGGGUCAACCCGCCGCCGCCGGAAACGUCCAACCCCAACAAACCCAAACGCCAAACCAACCAGCUGCAGUACCUGCUCAAGGUGGUGCUCAAGACCCUCUGGAAGCAUCAGUUCGCUUGGCCCUUCCAGCAGCCCGUGGACGCCGUCAAGCUCAACCUCCCGGAUUAUUAUAAAAUAAUUAAAACUCCGAUGGAUAUGGGAACAAUAAAGAAACGUUUGGAGAAUAAUUAUUACUGGAAUGCUCAAGAAUGUAUCCAGGAUUUCAACACCAUGUUUACAAACUGCUACAUCUACAACAAGCCAGGGGAUGACAUUGUGCUGAUGGCAGAGGCUCUGGAGAAACUUUUCCUGCAGAAGAUCUCGGAGAUGACGCAGGAGGAGACGGAAAUCGUCAUCGCCCAGAGCAAGGGCCGGGGCCGGGCCCGCAAGGAGCCAGGUGGGACAGCCCAGGAGGGGCCAGGAACCCCCAAAAUUCCCCCAGAAAUAGCACACAGUGCACAGAAUCCCAGUCAAAAAAUUCCCAAAAUUCCCCCAGAAAUAGCACACAGUCCACAGAAUCCCAAUCAAAAAAAUUCCCAAAAUUUCUCCAGAAAUAGAACACAGUCCACAGAAUCCCAGUCCCAAAAUUCCUCCAGAAAUAGCACACAGUCCACAGAAUCCCAGUCAAAAAAUUCCCAAAAUUCCUCCAGAAAUAGCACACAGUCUAAAGAAUCCCAAUCAAAAAAAUUCUUCCACCAAGCCCGGUUCCUCGGCGCUCCCCGCCAUCUCUCAGGCUCCGUCCCCGGCCCCUCCGGUCCCUCCGUUACCGGCGCCGGGCCUGGCGCCGCCCCCGGUGCCCUUCCCCGCCUCGGUGAGCGCCGCCGAGCUCCUGGCGCCGCCCGCCGUCACCGCCGUGCCCCCCGCGCCCGUCCCGGCACCGGCGGCGCCGCCCGCGGCCCCCGGCCCCCGCUGCAGCCGCACCCGCCCGUCAUCCCCACGCCCGCGCAGCCCGUCAAGACGAAGAAAGGCGUGAAGCGGAAAGCGGACACCACCACCCCCACCGCCAUGGACCCCAUCCACGACUCGUCCUCGCUGCCCAGCGAGCCCAAAAGCACCAAACUGGGCCCUCGGCGCGAGAGCGGCCGUCCCGUGAAACCCCCCAAGAAGGAAAUCCCGGAUUCCCAACAACAUUCCGGGGAAAGCCGCGGCACCAAAACCUCGGAGCAGCUCAAGUACUGCGGGGGGAUCAUCAAGGAGAUGUUCGCCAAGAAGCACGCGGCGUACGCGUGGCCCUUCUACAAACCCGUGGACGUGGAGGCGCUGGGGCUGCACGACUAUUGCGAUAUCAUCAAACACCCCAUGGACCUCAGCACCAUCAAGUCCAAGCUGGAGAGCCGGGAAUACCGGGACGCUCAGGAAUUCGCGGCCGAUGUGCGGUUGAUGUUCUCCAACUGCUACAAGUACAACCCCGCCGACCACGAGGUCGUGGCCAUGGCCCGCAAGCUGCAGGACGUUUUCGAGAUGCGUUUUGCCAAGAUGCCGGAUGAGCCGGAGGAGCCGGUGAUUCCCGCCUCGUCACCCGUGGUGGUCCCGCCCCCCACCAAGGUGGCCCCGCCCUCGUCCAGCGACAGCAGCAGCGACAGCUCCUCCGACAGCGACAGCUCCUCCGACGAUUCCGAGGAGGAGCGGGCGCAGCGCUUGGCAGAGCUGCAGGAGCAGCUCAAGGCCGUGCACGAGCAGCUGGCGGCGCUGUCCCAGCCCCAGCAGAACAAACCAAAGAAGAAGGAGAAGGACAAGAAGGAGAAGAAGAAGGAGAAGCACAAAAAGAAGGAAGAGCUGGAAGACCCCAAGAAGAGCAAAGCCAAGGAGCCACCACCCAAGAAGGCCAAAAAGAGCAACAGCAACAGCAGCACCUCCAGCAAGAAGGAGCCGGCGCCGGUGAAGCCCAGCAAAGCCGCGCCCGCCUACGAGUCGGAGGAAGAGGAGAAGUGCAAACCCAUGUCCUACGAGGAGAAGCGACAGCUGAGCCUGGACAUCAACAAACUGCCCGGGGAAAAGCUUGGCAGGGUCGUGCACAUCAUCCAGUCCCGGGAGCCGUCGCUCAAAAACUCCAACCCCGACGAGAUCGAGAUCGACUUCGAGACGUUGAAGCCGUCGACGCUGCGCGAGCUCGAGCGUUACGUCACCUCCUGCCUGCGCAAGAAGAGGAAACCCCCAGAGAAGCUCGACGUCCUGGCCGGCUCUUCCAAGCUGAAAGGUUUUUCCUCGUCGGAGUCGGAAUCCAGCAGCGAGUCGAGCUCCUCCGACAGCGACGAGUCGGACUCAGAAAUGGCGCCAAAAAUGAAGAAAAAAGGGCACUCGGGGCGGGAGCAGAAAAAGCACCACCACCACCACCACCAACCGGCGCCGCCGCCACCGCAACCCCCUCCGGCGCCGCCGCAGCCCGUCCCGGCGGCGCUGCAACCGCCGCAACCGCCGCAGCCCGUCCCGCAGCCCGCCGCGCCCCUGAAGGCGUCGCCGCCGCCGCCUUUCGUCCCCGCCCAGGUGCCCGUCCUGGAGCAUCCUUUACCGGGGACCAUGUUCGACACCAUGGCCCAUUUUGGCCAACCCAUGCUGCACCUGCCCCAACCCGAGCUGCCCCCUCCUCACCUGCCCCCGGCGCCCGAGCACAGCACCCCGCCCCACCUCAACCAGCACGUGGUGUCUCCUCCAGCUUUGCACAACGCUCUGCCUCAGCAACCCUCGAGGCCCAGCAACCGAGCGGCGGCGCUGCCCCCGAAACCUCCGCGGCCUCCGGCCGCGUCCCCGGCGCUGCCGCCUCAACCGCAACCUCCUCCGCAACCGCUGCUCCCGCAGCCUCCGCUGCCGCAGCCGCCGCAGGUGCUGCUGGAGGACGAGGAGCCGCCGACGCCGCCGGUGCCGCCGCCGCCGCCGGUGCCGCCGCACCACGGCCUCCCCCUGAGCACCAGCCAGAUGCAGCUGUACCUGCAGCAGCUGCAGAAAGUGCAGCCGCAGACUCCGCUUCUCCCUUCAGUGAAGGUCCAGUCGCAACCGGCGCCGCAGCAGCAACCGCCGCCUCCCCCCCCGGCGUUGCCGCCGCCGCCGGCGCACCCCGCGGUGCAGCCGCUGCAGCCGCCGCCGCGCCCGCUGCACCUGCAGCCCCUGCCCUUCCCGUCUCACCUGGCUCAACCGCCGGCGCCGCCGCAGCAGCAGCAGCAGCAGCCGCAGCAGCAGCAGCCGCAGCAGCCGCCGCAAGCGCCGCAAGCGCCCGCGGCGCCGGCGAAACCGCAGCAGGUCAUCCAGCAUCACCCGUCGCCGCGGCAUCACAAAGCGGAUCCGUACGGCACCGGUCACCUGCGGGAAGCCCCCUCCCCUCUCAUGAUGCCUUCCCCACAGAUGGCGCCGUUCCAGGGCCUGGUGCCUCAGUCACCCCCUCAGCAAAACAUCCAGCCAAAAAAACAGGAAUUACGAGCGGCCUCGGUGGUGCAGUCGCAGCCCCUGGGGGGUCCCAAGGAGGAGAAGCUGCACUCGCCCGUGAUCCGAAACGAGACCUUCAGCCCCCCCCUGCGCCAGGAGCCCCCCAAGGGCCACCCCGAGGGCAUCAAGGGGGCCCCGCACCUCCCCCAGCGGCCGGAGCUGAAGCCCCUGGAGGGGGGAGGACCCCGACCCGUGAUCCGACCCCCGGAGCAGACCCCGCCCGCCCCGGACAAGGAACGGCAAAAAACGGAACCCAAAACCCCCGUGGCCCCUAAAAAGGACCUGAAGAUCAAGAACAUGGGCUCCUGGGCCUCGCUGGUGCAGAAGCACCCGGCGGCGCCGGCGGCCGCGGCCAAGUCCUCGAGCGACUCCUUCGAGCAGUUCAAGCGCGCGGCGCGGGAGAAGGAGGAGCGGGAGAAGGCGCUGAAGGCGCAGGCGGAGCAGGUGGAGAGGGAGAAGGAGCGGCUCAGGAGGGAGCAGGAGAGGAUGAGGAGCCGGGAGGACGAGGACGCCCUGGAGCAGGCCCGACGGGUGCACGAGGAGGUUCGACGGCGCCAGGAGCAGCAGCAGCCGCCGGGUCCCGGCGCGGCUCCGGCGCCGCCUGCGGUUUCGGCGUCGGCGUCGUCGGCGCCGCCGCAGCCCCAGAGCUCCCAGAGCUCCCAGAGCUCCCAGUCCGUGCUGGACCAGCAGAGGGAAAUGGCUCGGAAGAGGGAGCAGGAGAGGAGGCGCCGGGAAGCGAUGGCGGCCACGAUCGACAUGAAUUUCCAGAGCGACCUCUUGGCCAUUUUUGAAGAGAAUCUUUUCUAGGACAGGAUGAAGAUUCCAGUCGGGAAAAAUUUGAUUCUUUUCCCAAAAAAAAAAAAAAAAAAAAACAAAACAAAAAAAAAAAAAAUUAAAAAAAAAAAUGAAAAAAAAAAAAA